AUGGCGGGGUGGGGAGACGAAGUUUGGAAGGAUGACGACAAGGUCCGCGUACUGCACGGUCAGCAUGUCGAACCGUGGAAGACCUUCGACGAGUGCUCUGGCUCCUGGCGAUUCCCUGCAGGACUAAUGCAGUUCCUCAAAGAUGCUGGCUUCAGAUGCCCUACGCCAAUUCAGGCUUACACUUGGCCAGUACUCAUGGAGGGCAAGGAUGUUAUCGGCGUGGCCAAGACCGGGAGCGGCAAGACUCUCGGAUACCUUCUGCCAGGAUACAUCAAGGUGAAAAGGAACGAAGGCAAGAGCUUCGACCCCAGCAGGGGUCCAGGCAUGCUGAUCAUGGCACCAACACGCGAACUGUGCCAACAGAUCUUCGAAGAGUCUGAGCGCUUCGGCAAGCCAGCGAAAAUUGAUACUGCCUGCGUCUAUGGAGGUGCGCCUAAAGGACAGCAAGUCCGUCAGCUACGGAAUAGCCCCCACUGCGUGGUCGCCACACCUGGGCGUUUGAACGACUUCCUGUCGAAUCGGGAGCUCCAAAUCAACCAGUGCGAGUACCUGGUCCUGGACGAGGCGGAUCGGAUGCUGGACAUGGGCUUCGAGCCACAGAUCAGGGAGCUCAUCAACUAUUUGCCAGGACAGAGGCAAACUGCUCUCUACACCGCUACAUGGCCUCGCGAAGUCAAGGAAAUCGCUUCACGACUGACGCAGGAUGCCGCUCACAUUCAAGUGGGUUCCGAAGACUCGGCUUCAGCAAACGCCGACAUUACGCAGCAUAUCGUGAGAGUCGUCAACGAGAAGGACAAAAUGCGCUUCCUCGAGGGUACCAUCUUCCCGGAGUUGCAGAGAACAGGUGGAUCUGGCCUGAUCUUCGUGAAGACGAAGAAAGCAGCCUCGGGAUUGUAUCGUCUCCUGGAAUGCACUCAGAGAUUUGGAGCAGCAAGUGCGAGCAAACCGAGCUCCCCAUACUGCACAUUGGCGUGCAACUGCCCAGAUGAGCUUUCGCGCGUCGGAGCGCCCAUCGUUUGCCUUCAUGGCGACAUGGACCGAAGUGUUCAACUGAGUCUUGUGACCGAACGUCCCAUGCCAGCAGAACAUAUCCGUGAGGACCAGUCCGGGCGCGAUCAUGCUCUCCACGCCUUCAAGACUGGCAUGGCAAAGGUCUUUGUUUUGGUUGCAACUGACGUGGCCCAGCGAGGCCUGGACAUCAAGAACGUUGCGUUUGUUGUGAAUUACGAUGCGCCUUCGAACUUGGAGGACUACGUGCACCGAAUCGGAAGAACCGGUCGAGCAGGUGAGAAGGGAGAUGCCUACACUUGCUUGUACGACUCAGACAGCGGAAUUGCCAACCAGAUCAAGAAAGUUUUCCAGAAGACCGGCCAGCAAAUCCCUCGCGACCUCGUGGAGAUCGCAAGUGGGGGAGGUGGCAUCGCUCAAGGAUGGGGCCGCGGCGGUGGCGGUGGCGGCGGCGGCGGGCCUGUCCUUAACGGCCAGUGGGGUGGCAAGUACGCGCAGAACGGAGGAGGAGGAGGAUACGGCGGCGGUGGCGGCGGCUGGUGA